AUGGUUUCUCCAAGCACCAACAUUGUCCUCCGAAAGAUUUCCAUCAUCUCUUUCGUACCCGCCUUCAUCAUACUUUUCAUCCAUGGCAUAAUUUCCAGCUGCCCUUUUCCGGCUCUUGGGAUCCUGCCCUUAUCCGCUUCCGCCGUCCUCGGUCUCUUCAUCGUCCGUCGAGAUUUCAUCGCCGCUCUAGGCUCCCCCAUCCAGGCUCUUUCGCCAUCCAAUAUCUUCUUUGCAGACCUCUUCCUGGGCGUCUUCCACUUCAUCUUCCUCCUCAUCAGCUGGGUUGUCAUUCGAGAGCCCUGGGACAGAGGCCAGAUUGUCUUGGGCACUUACGGCACGGUCCCUCUGAUGGUUAACACUGGCAUUCAUUUCUACGUCCUUAUCCCGCAAAUCGCCCACAUGUUCUCUCGACGGACUUGCGACUGUCCUCACUGCCAAAGCGUCAAUAAACCAGCCUUCUUUUCAUCUUCCACGUCGGAGUACACUCCUCUGAAUGAAGACGACACCGAGCCUGAGGAUAUUGGACGAGACCUUGAGGCAGGCCACUAA